AUGGCGCUAUAUGGGACCACUGAUGCCUUGAUGUGUAGGGCGUUCCCAACGACUCUGCGGGGGCCGGCCCGCGCGUGGUACUGCAGCCUGAAGACCGGGACCAUCACCUCCUUCGAUCAGCUUGCCAGGGAUUUCGAGCUCAACUUCCUAACUUACGCUCGACCGAAGCCAUCCGCGGCGUUGCUCCUCGGGCUCAACCAAAGGGAGGACGAGCCCCUCUCCCAUUUUGUGAACCGCUUUACGACGCAAAUUCGAGGGCUGUCGGAUGCUCACCCCUUUCUAUUGAUGCAAGUUUUCAUGAUGGGCCUGCGGCCUACUAGGUUCUUUUGGUCCCUCGUGGAGCGAUCCCCCACCGCGGUACCCGAGAUGCUGCAGCGAGCAAGCCAGUUCAUCGCCGCGGAAACAUGGAUGGCCGGGAGGCGUGAGGAACACAAGAGGGUCAAGUCGGAGCAACCCCGACCGCAACAGCCCACCGCGUCCCGGCGGAGGUUGGACCGACCCGACCUGCCGACACCAAGGCCCCCUCUCCCCGCCUUGAACUCGUCCCGAACAGAAAUAUUCCUCCACAUAAGGGAGAAGGGACUACUCAAAGAGCCGCACCCGAUGAGGAGCCCGCGGGAGCUUGCGGACCGAUCAAAAUAUUGCUGCUUCCACCGACAGCAUGGGCAUGACACUGAACAGUGUCGGGAGCUAAAAAGGCAGAUCGAGGAGCUCAUCUAUAGAGGGCAUCUGGGCCAGUACCUUCGGCCAAACAAGGAACUUUCGCUGUGCCCGGAGGGCCCUAUCGAACGACACAUCGAUGUAAUAGCUGGCGGCCCCGCGUCUGGCGAAGGCUCCAUGACGGGAAGAAAGGCUUACGCCAGAGCCGCCCCAACCGAAGCUCCUAGGAACGGGCCUGAGCUCGAGAUCACCUUCCCGACCGGGGCAUCCGAACAACCCGAGCACGACGACGCGCUCGUGGUAUCAGUCAGGAUCGCCAACGCACAGGUAAGAAGGAUCAUGGUCGAUAUCGGGAGCUCGAUCGAUAUACUUUACUUUGAUGCCUUCCAGAAGCUCGGCUUGGCUAGGGAGAAUCUGAAGCCGAUGAGCUCGGCGCUUACCGGAUUCACUGGAGAUUCGAUCUCGCCGCUGGGAGCUAUCACCUUGCCCUUAACCUUGGCGGCCCCGCCAAGGUCGAAGAUAGUAAUGACCACCUUUCUAGUAGUCGACCUUCCCACAGUGUACAACGCCAUCCUCGGUCGACCGACCCUCAACAAGGUCAGAGCCGUCGUCUCAACCUACUACCAAACUAUCAAAUUCCCGACCCACGUCGGGGUCGGGGAAGUCACCGAAAGCCCCCGAGAAUCCAGGCAUUGCUACCUGACCGCCAUCUCGCUAAAUAAAAGGGCAAGGAUGGAACCACCGCUGGAGGAUCCUCAGGAGAUGAAGAGACCGACCCCCCAUCCGGAGCCAAAAGAAUCCACCAUCGACUUGCCGCUGCUAGAAGAUCGGCCGGAUCGGAUGGUCAAGGUCGGGUUGGAGUUACCCGAGCGGGAACGAAAGCAGCUCAUCGGUCUCCUACGGGAAAAUGCCGACGUCUUCGCUUGGUCGCCGUCUGACAUGACGGGUGUCGACCCGGAGGUCGCACAACACCACCUCAACAUAUCGCCCGACACCCUCCCAGUGAAACAAAAGCCCAAGCGUCAGGCCCCGGAUCGGCAGCUCGCCAUACGGGAAGAAGUGGAUCGACUGUUAGCGGCAGGCUUCAUAAAAGAAGCCAGAUACCCGCGAUGGCUAUCCAAUGUAGUCCUCGUAAAGAAACCCAAUGGAAACUGGAGGAUGUGCGUUGACUACACCAGUCUCAACAAUGCAUGCCCCAAAGACUGCUAUCCCCUCCCAAAGAUCGACCAGUUGGUAGACGCCACAGCUGGACACGCCCACCUCUCAUUUAUGGAUGCCUUCUCAGGAUACAACCAAAUCAGAAUGGCGCCUGAAGACCAAGAGCACAUGGCCUUCCUCACCAAUCAAGGGAUAUACUUCUACAAGGUCAUGCCUUUCGGACUGAAGAACGUCGGAGCUACAUACCAGAGAACAGUUAACAAGAUGUUCGCCCACCAGAUCGGGCGAAACAUGGAAGUUUACGUCAACGACAUGAUUGUAAAAAGCCAGGAGGUCACGGCUCACCUCGCCGAUCUGGCCGAGACGUUCGCCACACUACGCAAGUUCGGCAUGCGACUCAACCCCACAAAGUGUGCCUUCGGCGUAACCUCGGGAAAGUUCCUCAAGUUUAUCAUAUAUGAAAGAGGAAUUGACGCCAAUCCGGAGAAGGUCCAGGCGGUCAUCGACAUGCAGUCGCCUCGGACGAUCAAAGACCUACAACGCCUUAAUGGGAGGCUCGUCGCCAUGUCUCGUUUCCUCGCCCGAUCAGGUGACCGCUGCCUCCCCUUCUUCAGGGCGCUGAAGAACCCGAAGAGUUUUCAAUGGAUGGCGGAGUGCGAGGAAGCCUUCCAGCGAAUGAAGCGACACCUGGCCAACCUCCCCCGACUUGCCUCGGUCUCUCCCGGGGAGAAGCUCGGCCUCUACUUAGCCGCCUCCCGGCAUGCGGUAAGUUCUGUUCUGGUCAAAGAAAACUCCGGCGAGCAACUACCGGUCUACUACGUCAGCCAUGUCCUAAGCGGGCCCGAGGAGCGAUACCCACCGAUCGAAAAGCUGGCGCUGGAACUUGUGCUAUCAGCCCGAAAGCUACGCACCUACUUCCAAGCUCACCCGGUGGAGGUCGUCACCGACCAACCGCUUCGGCAGGUCUUGUCUAAAUUUGAUGUUGCAGGACGACUUCUCAAAUGGGCAGUAGAGCUAUGCGAGCAUGACGUACGAUACGUGCCCAGAACAGCCAUCAAAGCUCAAUCUGUGGCCGACUUCAUCGCAGAAUUAACCCAGACCGAGGAAACCGAUCUGGAGCAACCUCCUGAACCAUGGGUCCUGCACGUGGAUGGGUCAGCCAACUCAAAGGGCGCCGGUGCGGGGCUAGUGUUGCGGUCCCCCGACGGACGAUCAUUCGAGCGCUCCCUCCGCUUCGGUUUUCGAGCCACUAACAACGAGGCGAAAUACGAGGCGCUCCUAGCCGGGCUCAGGUUGGCCCUCGAAAUGCAGGUGGUCACCCUACACGUCCUCACCGACUCGCAGUUGGUAGCCGAACAACUCAGCGACAGAUACGAGGCUCGGGACCCAGUCAUGGCCAAGUACUUGGCACAGGUACAGAACCUGUCCACCCAGUUCUCCCAUUUUACAUUAUCCAAUGUUCCGAGGGGAGAAAACGAGCGAGCGGACGCGCUAGCUAAGAUGGCGUCCAAGACAGCCCUCGGAGUCCGGCCAGAAGUCGACGAGCUCCCUGCCCGUGCCAUCGAAAUCAUAGCCACGGACUUGGGCGGCGCUCCAACCACGUGGGUGCAAGAGUUGCUACGCUUCAAGCGUGACGGGACCCUCCCUCUAGACGAGGCUGCGGCCCGACGCUUGCGUUGGACGCAUGCGUGGUUCUCCGAGGUGAGCGGACGCCUCUAUAAGCAGUCCUUCACAUACCCCCUCCUAUGGUGCUUGGAGCCCGACGAAGCUCAGACGGUCCUGGCUGAGGUCCACGAGGGAGUGUGCGGGGAGCACAUCGGCGGGCGAACCCUGGCACAUAAAAUACUUCGCCAAGGUUACUACUGGCCAACCAUGUGCCGGGACGCGAAGGCUUAUGUGCAGCGGUGUAGUUCGUGCCAAGAACAUGCCCGCGCGCCCCGGCAGCCCGCGGUCCCGCUCGCCCCCAUCGAUUGCUCAUGGUCGUUCGCGCAAUGGGGUCUGGACCUGCUCGGACCUUUCCAGCCAGCCUCGGGACAACGGAAAUACAUCAUCGUGGGAGUGGAUUAUUUCACGAAAUGGGUCGAGGCCGAACCACUGGCCACGAUCACGGAGUGGCAAAUGGAGAAAUUCGUGUGGAGGAACCUGGUGACUCGGUUCGACUUGCCCAAAACCAUCAUUACGGACAACGGGCCUCAGUUCGCCAGUAGAAAGUUCUGA